AUGGAUACAACUAGUUUUAAUACGGAUUCAUUUCGUGAUUUAACAUUUGAUCUUUUAUCGGGUAUUGCUAAUGAUCCAACGAAAUUAGAUGAAUUUAUUGAUGCUUAUUUAAUUAAACUUCAUGAACGUAAUGAUAGUGAUCAUUUACGUAAAUAUACACGUGAUAUUUAUGAAAAGAUUCUUACUUUACAAACUGUUCAUACUAAUCCAGGCUUUCAAUUAAAAGAUACAUUCCAUGAAAAAAUUGUUGUGGCUUAUUUCUGGACAUUUUCAAAUAUUCAUUCUUCACAUAUGAUGCCUAAACUUAUUGGUAUUGAUAAACGUUAUUCAAAUGCUGGUGUUACAGUCAUUGGUAUUCAUUCUCCUAAAUAUGAACAUGAAAAACAUAAAGCUAAUAUUCGACAUGCUAUUGAAGAACAAUCACUUCCAUUUAAUGUUAUCAACGAUAAUGGAUUACAAGUAUGGAAACAUGUUGGAUGUCAAAUUUGGCCCACAGUACUUAUUUUUGGACCUGAUGCAUUACCAUUAUUUAUAUUCGAAGGUGAAAAUCAUGUUCAACAUACUGAAAUAUUUCUUCAACCUAUUCUUAAUCAUUAUAAAUCCAGUGUACGUGCAUCACCCAGUAGUUCAUCAAUAAUUAAAACUUCAUCAGAAGAUAUUGUUGCUAAUAUUACAACACCAAAACCAGCUAAAUUUACAUAUCCAAGUCAUUUAUGUGUAACAGCAAAUGGACAAUUGUGUAUUUCAUUUGCUGGUUCGAAUCAAUUGAUUUUAUGUGAAAUUGAUGGAAAAGUUAUUGAAGUGGUUGGUAAUGGUCAUCCGGGUAUGGCUGAUGGAGAAAUUCAACAAGUAGAAUUCGAUUCACCACAUGGACUCGUGGAAUAUAAUAGUUGUAUUUAUAUUGCAGAUACAAAUAAUCAUGCAAUUCGAGUGUUUGAUCCAAAUUCUCGUCGUGUUCUUACAUUGAUUGGUACUGGUCGUUUAGGCAGUGAUAAAAUUGGUGGAUUGAAACGAUCUCAACAACCUAUUGCUUCACCAUGGGAUUUAUGUAUUACAGAAUCACCAUUUGAUCAUAAAACAGUCUUACUUAUUUCAAUGGCUGGUCAACAUCAAAUCUGGGCAUAUGCAUUUGAAGAAACUCAAUGGUGGAAUAAUGUAAUACUACAAAAAAAUGCCUGUUUAGCAAUUAUUGGCAGUGGUGAAGAAGGUAAUCGAAAUGAUUCGGAACCCAUGUCUGCUACUUUAGCAGCACCACGUGGUAUCUGUAAUGGUGUAAUGAAUGGUCAACCAGUUCUAUUCAUUGCCGAUAGUAAUAGUUCAAGUAUUCGUGUUGUUACACUUCAAAAUGGUAAUGUAACCAAUUUAAUUGGUGGUGAUACUGAUCCAAAGAAUCUCUCAGCUUUUGGUGAUCUUGAUGGAAGUGGUUUUAAUGCUAAAUUACAACAUCCACUUGGUGUUGCUUUUCAUUAUUCAUCAUCACAAUUAUAUAUAACAGAUACAUUUAAUAAUAAAUUAAAACGUGUUGAUAUGAAAACACUUGCUUGUUCAAGUUAUUUUGUAACUGAUAUAGAUACAAAAAAACAACGUGGAGAAUUAAAUUCAUCAAAAUUUAAUGAACCACAAGGUUUAACUAUAUUUGAUCAUUUUAUGUUUAUUGCUGAUAAAAAUAAUUCACAUAUCAAACGAAUUGAUCUUGAUCAUGGUACAGUUAUCCGAUGUCGUUUUGAUUUAAGUGAAACUUUAAAUGAAGAACGUUCAUUUGGUUCAAAACAAGCUUAUCUAGCUAUUCUAUUACCUGAUACAUUUCAAUUACGUGAUGGUAAUACAGGCACAUGGACUAUCGAAGAUCAAGAUGGUUUUAAAAUAUGUGAUGGUGAAUUAACACGUUAUAUGUCUGAUCAAAUGCUUUUAGAUUAUAUUCCACGUGAUAAACAAGUAGCUCAUCUUAAAUAUGAACUUGUUAUAUGUGAAGAUGAUAAAUGUACAAUGAUGAAUGGUGAAGCUCAACCAGUUAAUGAAACAGAUUCUAUUAUUGAAUUUGUUAUUAAAAUUGAUCAACCAGAAUCAAAUACAAAUUAA